AUGCAUAACCCCACUUCUCUGCUGGUAACUUUGACAGCAGCCCUGGCGGCUCUGCCCGAGGCUCAAGCUGCUAUUUACACCAAGAACUCUCCUGUUCUUCAGCUAAACGCUCGCAACUAUGAUAAGAUCAUUGCAAAGUCCAACUACACCUCUAUUGUCGAGUUUUACGCUCCUUGGUGUGGUCACUGUCAGAAUCUCAAGCCCGCUUAUGAGAAAGCUGCCAAAAACCUCGAUGGCCUUGCUCAAGUUGCUGCAAUUGACUGUGAUGAUGACGCCAACAAGCAGCUCUGUGGCUCCAUGGGCGUCCAGGGCUUUCCCACUCUCAAGAUUGUCCGCCCUGGCAAGAAGUCUGGUAAGCCCAUCGUUGAGGAUUACCAGGGCCAGCGAACUGCUGGUGCUAUCCAGGAGGCUGUCCUGAGCAAGAUCAACAACCACGUUACACGUGUGAGUGACAAGGACCUGGACUCUUUCCUUAAGGGUGACAAGCCCAAGGCUGUCCUGUUCACUCAAAAGGGAACUACUAGUGCGCUCAUUCGAAGCAUAGCCAUUGACUUCCUCGAUGUCAUCUCUGUGGGUCAGAUCCGUGAUAAGGAAGCGGGUGCUGUUAAGAGGUUUGGCAUUGAGAAGUUCCCCGCUCUCGUUCUGAUCCCUGGUGAAGGCAAGGACCCUAUUGUCUAUGACGGUGAGAUGGCCAAGAAGGGCAUGGUCAAGUUCCUCACUCAAGCUGGACAGCCUAACCCUAUUCACGCUACUGGCAACACCAAGAGCACCAAGAGCACCAAGGCCAAAAAGGACGACACCAAGAGCGCUAAGAAGGACAAGUCCACUGAAGCGGCCAAGGAACCUACCGCCGAAUCAAAGGAGCCUACUGCCGAGCCUGUCCCUUCCAUUGUUCCUAUCGCUACUAUCAAGAGCUUAGAGAAGCUCACCGAGGAGUGCCUCGCCCCGAAGUCUCACACCUGUGUCCUCCUCUUCACUCCUGGCGAAGCUGGCGAGAAGGCUGUUGAGUCGCUCUCCCACCUCAACACCAAGUACGUCCACGGAGGCCGUAACACUUUCCCCUUCAUCGCCAUCCCCAGCGACAGCGACGCCGCUUCCACUCUCCCCAAGGCUCUUGGACUCAACGACAAGGUCAACCUGAUUGCUAUCAACACCCGCCGUAACUGGUGGCGCCAGUACGAAGGUGACUUUAGCCUCUCAAACGUCGAGAGCUGGAUUGACGCGAUCCGCAUGGGCGAGGGUGCCAAGAAGAAGCUCCCCGAGGGUGUUGUCGUCGAGAAGAAGGCUGGAUCCACCCAGGCCACUGACCCCGAGCCUGAGAUCGAGACUGAUGGUCCCGACGAUGUCAAGACCGUUAUCGAGACUGAGAUUGAGACCGAGUACGAGACUGUCACUGGCGCCGACGGACAGGAGACCCAAACCGUCAUUGAGACCGAAAUUGAGUACGAGACUCAGACUGAGACUAAGCACGCUGAAGACACUGCCGAGCCUGAGGCCCAGCCUGUCGCCGAGUCCGAAGCCGAGCCCAAGACCAAGCACGAGAUCAAGCACGAGGAGCUGUAA